AUGGCAUGUUACUUUUCGAUGCUGUCAAUCAUAUCAUAUUUGCUUCAAAAUGCACAUUGGACAAAUUAUUUAGGUGACACAGAAUCACCAUGUGCACUUAAUUGUGUUUUAGUUAGAGCAACAAAUUUGUUGGAAAGUAAAGAUUCACCAAAAGGCAGCGAAGCUAUGUCAAUUUCAAUAAAAAUGUUUGAUGGAGCAAAAAAUUUAACGCGUCAUGUAGCGGGCAAAAACAUUCACGUAGCCGAAGGAUGUGUCUCAAUGACUGGUGCCUCCACAGCUGAUCGGUUCGGUUCAGUUAUAAAAGACAUGAUCACUGAAACAUCUGGCAAAGGAUUAAUCAAUCGGAUGCUAUUUUUGUGUCAAAAACAAUUACCACCAGUUAUGCCACGAGAUGUUGAUAAGCGUCAAAUCGACACUAGCUUGCCAUCAUUUUCACUUUUUUAUAUGAUCGCAGCCGAACUGCGAAACGUUGAAUUUUUGUUUAUCGGUCAGCCGGCAAAAGUCGAAGAUUAUCAAUUUUCCACAUGGGACAACACCAGCAAACGAAUGGGUAAAUUAGUGCUAGACGCGCAAGAACAGGAAAAACAAAAUAUAAUUGAAAAAUCCGAUAUUGAUUUUAUUGCCAAAUUUACGGAACUCGUAUCACGUAUCUGUUCUGUGACGAGAGCGAUCGAUAUCGCCUGUGAAAUUGCUGAAGCUUUGAUCGGUCAAUACAAAUUUGAAGACGGUGGAAAAAGGCUCUUGAUGCAAAAUGCACCUGUCAAUAUUAGAACAAAACGUCAAGCUGUAUUCAUUUCGAUCGCUUCAUGUAAACGUGCAGCUAAUUUAGCUUAUGGUGUUCUUCGACAUACAUUAGCAUUGUACAAUCACUCUCAGAAUCGAAUCGAAACAGUCAAAGCCAUGAUUCCUUCUAUUCUUACCGGAGCGCUAAAAGACACUCCAUCAUCGCUAUCAACAGCGGCACAGUCAAAACGUACACUUGAACAAUUCAUUCUCGUUGAUUUUCCACAUAAUUUUUUGAUGCUUGGAUGGUUGGCGAAAUAUCCUGGCACAGAAAAAAAGACGCCAUUUCAGCGUACACCGGUGAUCACAGAAGCUGAAGCGUCACUAGCACCAUUAGCAAUACAUAUUGAAACCGAAGUUUAUACACAAACCUUCAUUGGUAUUUGGCUUUAUGACGUUAAAAGCAGACGUCAAAAGAGAGCAGAUUAUCUUCAAAUGAACAAAGAUCUUAACAACACUUUUCAAUUUUUAAAACCGUUCAAUGACUUUGUUGAACUCGCUGCAUAUCUUAAAACACAUAAAUCAGACCGAAUAUUUUUAGUUAUAUCGCACACGUUCGCCGUAAAUGUUAUACCACUUUUUGCUUCACAGCCGUCAUGUCUACAAAGCGAAUCGUUAAUAUUACGCAUUUACGUGUAUUGCACCGAUAAAUUAAGCAAAGAACGGUCAAAGUCGGACAAAGAACAUAUCGAAACCGUAUAUCGUGGUAAAUUUUUGGCUUGUAGUACAUUAGAAAAUCUAAUUGAAAAUGAGGGUGAACUAAUAUCGUUCAAUGGUUUUUUGUCGACAACAAAAAAUAGAGACGUGGCUAUAGUUUAUGCUGGAGCAACUCGUCCCGACCAAGGACUCGUGUUGUUUGAAUUGCAUAUUGAUCGUGACGUAAUCAAUAAACCAUUUCUGAUACUUACACCGAAUGAGACUAAAGUACCAGCCGAAGACGAAGUGCUGUUCUCAAUUGGAACUGUGUGGCGUAUCAAAAGAGUGAUGAAACCGUCCGAAGGUAAUAAUAUGUGGUCGAUAGAAUUAGCGGCAAGCAGAUAUCCGGAUCCGAAUGAGUCAGAAUUAACAGACUUGUUAAAACAAGAAAUUCCUCAAACACCCAUAUUUUUAACAAAAAUUGGUCAAUCCGACAAGGCCGAAAAAUAUUAUCGUAUGCUAUUAACUGACCUUCAAACCGAACACGAGGACUACGGCUAUCUUGGUAAUUAUCGAAAAGCUCGUGCCCUUUUGGAAGAAAACAAACCCGUAGAUUUGGGUGCUCUAUCGGUCGUUUACAAUAAUUUAGGAGCAGCAGAGUAUAUUAAAGGGCACAGUUAUACCAGGGCCUUUAAAGACGAAUCACCUCGAACACAAACUCCACAAGCAUCACGAAUACUGAGACCCACAGUAGCAGCUGAAAAACCAGAAGUGCAAAUAUUUCCUCAACCGCCUUGGUGA